CGUGAGUGCAUUUUACUCCAAUAGGAAUGGAAUUAUUAUAAUCCGCCAAUUUGCAUAACGCCCUUAUAAAUAGGAGGGGCAGGCGCCAUUUUUCAUGCUGUUGAGGGAACAGAGAAGAUCGCAGAAACUUUUAGGGAUGCCUGACCCGGCUAAAUCCGCUCCAGCAGCUAAGAAAGGCUCCAAGAAAGCCGUCACUAAGACCCAGAAGAAAGGUGACAAGAAGCGAAAAAGAGCAAGGAAGGAGAGCUACUCUAUCUACGUGUACAAGGUGCUGAAGCAGGUGCACCCCGAUACCGGCAUCUCGUCCAAGGCCAUGAGCAUCAUGAACUCCUUCGUCAACGACAUCUUCGAGCGCAUCGCCGGCGAGGCCUCGCGCCUGGCGCACUACAACAAGCGCUCCACCAUCACGUCGCGGGAGAUCCAGACGGCCGUGCGGCUGCUGCUGCCCGGCGAGCUGGCCAAGCACGCCGUGUCCGAGGGCACCAAGGCUGUCACCAAGUACACCAGCUCUAAGUAAAAGUUUGAUAACUAUAAUCAUAAUGGCUCUUUUAAGAGCCCCCAGGAUCUCCUAGGAAGAG